AACUCAUCAACCAUAGCCCAUCAACUAUAAAUCAUCAAUCAGAUCAAAACUCUUUCUAUACGAAAAUGCCUCUUCCCAUCACCCCAGCACAAGAAGCCACUAUCAGCCCUCAGGCUGUCGAAUUUCUCUCUGCGGCAGAGGGUAUCCCAAUAGAAGCCAUCCAAGCAGUAACCGUGACUCGCCAGGCGUUUCAUGCUGCGGAAGAGCCCGUGGAAGAAAGUCUCAUUGAGAAGUUCAAUCUCAAAACAGAGAAGAUCACCAUGGGUGGCAUUCCCGUCCUUAUUAUAGGCUCUUCCUCGCCAGAUCCCAAAUAUAAGGGGCGAGUUAUCUUCGACAUUCAUGGAGGAGGCUUCGUUAUGGGCACUGCUAGGGAGCGCACAGCCCUCAUGAUAGCUGGCGAACUUGGUUUGACAGUCUACUCUGUCGAUUAUGAUCUUUCUCCCGAGGUCAAAUAUCCCAUCGCCAUCGAACAAUGUCUCACUGUUUACCGUGAGAUGAUUGUCAAGUUUGGUGCCAAGAAUAUUGUCGGCCUGAGCAGCUCUGCUGGCGGCCAAAUCAUGCUCUCACUCAACGUGAGGGCGCAGCGGGAAGGUCUUGAACUGCCUGCUGCUCUAGCCUUUUACACUCCCAAUACUGAUCUCUCGGGUGUUGGUGACUCGAAUGUCUUUAAUGAUGGCCGUGACCUAGUCGAUAACAAUGUUCUUGUUGGAGCAAUGAGCACUCUAUACGCUGGCGGAGUGGAUCUAAAGGACGAGCUGAUAUCACCAAUCUAUGCUGAACUGAGCGGGCCUUUUCCACCUACAGUCAUCAACACUGGUACUAGGGACUUACUUUUGAGCCAGUGUGUGAGACUGUAUUGGAAGUUACGGGAGGCUGGGGGUAAAACGGAACUGCUCGUAUCUGAGGGUAUGUGGCACGGGUUCAACUGGGAAUUGGAGCUGCCUGAGGGAAUCCGCGCACGAAAGGCUGUAUACAGUUUCAUCAAGAACGUUUUGGAUGAAAUGUAAUCAUACAGUAACGAGGCAAACCUCUUUUGGUAAUUAGGCCAGAUAUUUUUAUUUCAUUAGUACCUUAUCUAUAAAUACUUUUCACUUCUCAAC